AUGGUGAUCAAAUCCCUCCAUGUACAAGUUGAAGAGAUGAGACAAUCUUUCUUUGACGAGGGAGCGAGAGCCAAUAGAGGUACCCAUGAUUACCCGAUGCAUUCUUCGGCUAGAAAGCAGCAGCGCCAGGCUAGUUAUAAUAUUUUUGUAAUCAUCGGUGCUAUCAAAGUUGUUAAGGAACUUAAGAAGGCAAACACAUUUCUCAAAGCUGGCAACAUAGAAGGAGUAAAAGGAGCACUGCCUGAUAUUAAGAAAGAGCACAGUGAACUCCGGGCAAAGUUUGAGACUUAUUUCCAGUUGAUGAGACAAGCUGGUCCAACAGAUGUAGCUGUGAAUUCAAGCUGA